CCCGCGCAGCGGCGGCAAAUUGUUCCCACAGCAGGCUCCGUCACGGUGUCGCCUCUCAGGCCGGCCUCUCAGAGAUGUCCGAGCGACAGCUCCGUGCGACUGGCGUCCGCGUGCUGCGCCGGUGCCCUCUCGCUCACGGCGAGCUCGUCGUCUCCGCCGGCAGCGUGCUCGACUUUGGCGGCGGCACCGGCUGGCCACCAUCAUCCAUCGCCAUCGUGAAUGCAGCAAACUGCGGCGGGCUCGGCGGCGGCGGCGUAGAUGGAGCCAUCACCAGCGCCGGCGGAGCAGCGCUCGCCGCCGACCGGCGGGCACUUCCCAUCCUGCCUGGCACUCGCUUGGACCGGAUCGCCACGGGCGGCGCCGUGCUGACCGGGCCAAGAAGCUACGGCUCGCUGUACGCCGGCAAUGUCAUCCACGCCGUCGGCCCAAACUACCGCGUGCUCGUCGGCUCGGGGCGGUCGGCGGAGGAGGGCGACAAGCUGCUGCGCGACGCCUACCGCACCUCGAUGGCCGCGGCAGCCGCUGCCAGCGUCGCGCACCUGGGCUUCUCUCUGCUGUCCGCGGGCAUCUUCCGCGGCCCGCGCUCGCUGAGCCACGUGCUUAGGGUUGGGAUGGAGGCGGUGGCGGAGGGGGCAUACCCGGGGCUGGCGGAGGUGCACCUCGUCGCCUUUCUGGAGUCGGAGCAGCGGGAGCUGCUCGCGCUCCUCGCCGAGCUUAGGGCUGGAGGCGGCGAGGCUGGGGGAGGCGAGGCUGGCGGCAGCGAGGCUGGCGGGAGCGAGGCUGGGGGAGGCGAGGCUGGCGGCAGCGAUGCUGGCGGCAGCGAUGCUGGCGGCGAUGCUGGCGGCGAUGCUGGAGGCGGCGCUG